CAUGAUGACAGUAGUCAAGUAUCGCCAAAAUAUUUAACUGAUCAAAUGAAACAGGAUUCAAGGAUUGUGAAAAAUGUAUUUAUUCUCUGAAUAAUGAUGAGAUUUAUGAUUUAUUUGUUAAAAUAAAUCUAUAAAAUACAACAAUCAGCCAUGAUAGCUUAAACACCAAUCAGAGCGAAUUACGUCACGUCUCAGUAACGUCAUCUUGUUUCGUUUGAGCUUACGCGCGAUCACUGCAAUUCUAACAAAAAAACUAUUGUUUUCGCUUUAACUUUCGCUAAAAUACAUUUUAUAGUCGUAGUUUACCUGUUGACCAUUUCCACAACAGACAUCAGCCAUGGAACAAGGAUUUAACAAGGCAAAUUCUGCUAAUUUGCCUAGAGUUGAUUCAUUGAUGGUAGGAGAGUUCCUAGCUUCAAACAAAGACUUCUGUUCAGCAGAAUUUAGAAGCAUCAAAACAUCUAUAUCCUCAAGGCCAUCUUAUGGCGAUGACGCUGUAAGUUAUGUGCAGCUGAAACGCGAAGCUAAUCUGUGCACCGUCAAGGCAAAACUUUGCCCUGAGCAUAAGGUCCAUGCAAAAUUGUACGUAGUAACACUUAUAGUCGACGAAGAGGAUGAAGUAGUGAAAUCUGUGCAAUGCCAUGGCUGUGUUGCUUCACAAGGAGGCUGCAAACAUGCUGUAGCUUUUCUCAUGUGGGUCCAUCGCCGAAGUGAGGAGCCUUCCUGUACAUCUGUGGAGUGCUACUGGAGAAAAUCAAAGCUGUCAGGGGUUGGUACCACAUUAAAAUAUAUAACUUCGAAACAAUUAUCUAAUGGCAAACCAAGCUUGCCAUCAAAUAGUGGUGUGUUUACAAAAUUUAUAGAAGGGAAGAAACAUAAACUUAGUGACUGUGAAGUACUUAAGUAUCAAGCAGACUAUUUUCCUGAUACAUUAGAAAGAUUAUCAAUGCAUAAACUGGUACAGAAAUACAAAGAAAAAUCCUCUGACACCUUUUUUGAAAAAGUUGUGUUAACUAAUGAUGAUAUUAUAAAAGUGGAGGAAGCAACUAGAGAACAACAUAAAAGCUCACUUUGGUAUGAAUUGAGGUAUGGCAGAGUGACAGCUUCACAAGCUUUUGAAUUCAGUAGGUGCAAAACCACUGAUGGCACCUUGAUUUCAUUGAUAAUGGGAGGGAAAAUUCCAGAUACAUGGGCCAUGAAGCGCGGUAGAAUGUUGGAGAAUGAAGUGAGGCAAACAGUGAGCAGCUUACUGGGAAAAAAAAUUAAAAAAUGUGGGCUAAUGCUUUGUAAAAACUAUCCCAUUAUAGCAGCGUCACCUGAUGGGAUUUGUGAUGACAAUAUAAUCGAAAUUAAGUGCCCAACAAGUGUAAAAACAUAUAACAAUUAUGUUAUUAAUGGGAAACCCACUAAAAAAUACUAUGCGCAGAUGCAGCUACAAAUGCUUUUGACAGGCUGUAAAAAUGGCUAUUACUGUGUAGCUGAUUACAACUUUAGUGAAAAUAAAAAGGUUAAUAUAAUACAAGUUAAAUUUGAUGCACAAUAUGCAUCUGAUUUUGUCAAAGUGCUAAUUUCUUCAUGGAAAGACAAUGUGUAUCCUAUAUUAUAUCAAAGUGCAAUUUAAUUAUUGGGAUUUUAAAAUAAAACUGUGUGCUUUAAAUUAAUCUAGUUUUAU